UUCAUUGAUAUUUCUCCAUAGGAUAUUUUUUUUUUUUUUUAGGCAAAUACAAAAAACGAAUAGCUUUUAAAGACUUUUUAUUUCCGUAAAUAAGCAUGUUCGAAUGUGCACGCUCAGCUGUCUCGGCCUAAGAAACACGUCUUGUAAGAGGAUCAACCUACUGCUGUAAGUCCUCAAACAUGGAUGAUGACAGUGGAACAGAGGAAUUGACAACUGAGGAAGUUUUAUUGGCACAGCACCGUAAAGAAAAGAAGGAAUUACGCGCUAAGAUUCAGCAGAUAAAAAAGAAUAAUAAAGAUAAGAAAAAUAAGAAAGAAGGAGCUGAGCAGAUAGCGCGAUUGGAAGAAGAAUUGACACAGCGGCAUGUGAAAGAACUUGAGGAACUGAAAAACUCUACUGAACAGAGAAUAAACCCAAGGGCAGAGAAGCGACGUCAGAAGAAGGCCAAAGCAAAUCGUGAACGAGAAGCUAGAAUAAAGGAAGAGAGGUCUAAUCUCAAGUUUAGUGCAAGGAACAUUGAGGCUGAGAAGAUGAAGAAAAUCCUACAAGAACCAAACCCUUGUUUUAGCUUGUACCAUGAAGAAUUCCAAUUAAGGUCAAAAUCUUCAUCCUUUUCUCCAGUUUCUCCAGUGUACCAAUAUCUAUCCUCCUUUCUUAUUCCACAAUUGAUAUUCUUACUGUUUUUUUAUAUUUUUAUAUUUCAGUUGAGAGCAUUGUCCCAAGCAAUGAAGAGAAGAAUUGAAGUGUUGCAGGCUGAGGGAGCACCCAUUAUCUUCGGAGAAGAAUGUGAUAAGGACAGAUCCAUUCUCCUUGCAUAUUAUCGUCACUACUAUGGAUUAGGAGGCAUUAAAUUCCCUUUCGAAAUUGGGGCUGGAAAAUGA